AAAAAUAUAAAAGCUUGAUACAAAAAUGUCUUUCGCAAUGAAGGGAGCCCGCAUGUUAGCCUCUAGAAGUGCUAGAUUAAUGCAAUCACGCGGAUAUGCUGAUGAAAUGAAAUUAACAUUCGCCGCUGGAAACAAAGUUUUCUUUGACAGCGCUGAUGUUAGACAAAUUGAUGUUCCAUCAUUCAGCGGAAGUUUUGGUAUUCUAGCUAAACACGUUCCCACUCUAGCUGUAUUAAAGCCAGGAGUUGUUCAAGUUUAUCAAAAUGAUGGAAAAGUUUUAAAAGUUUUUGUAUCCAGUGGAUCUGUAUCGGUAAAUGAAGAUUCAUCAGUACAAGUACUUGCUGAGGAAGCUCAUUUGGUUGAAGAUUUAGAUUUAAGCCAAUGUAGGCAAUUAUUAACCCAGUAUCAACAAGAAUUAGGAAGAGCAGCAAACGACGAAGAUCGCGCUGCAGCUGCCAUUGCCGUUGAAUGUUGUGAAGCUCUUGUUAAAGCUGCCGAAUAAAAAUUAUAAGUAGUUUAAUUAAGACUUUCCAAAUAUGUAUGUUAAAUUUUUUUUUUUCUGAAUCAUACUUUUCAAAAAAGUCAUAUUAGAGGAUUCAAUAAAGAAGGUAAAAAUGUCAUCUGGAA